AUGCGGACGACGACAGGAACGCGGUGGACGGCGACGGUAGCGGUUCUGGCUGUGGCUGUGGUGGUGCUCGGGUGCGUUGACAGCGGCCUGGCGGUCCGUGUGGAGCAUGAGCGUGAGCUGCUGGAACUUGACGAGCUCUGUCCGCUGUGCAAGGCCGUGGUGCUCGAUGUCGAGUCGUCGCUGGCGACCAACGCAACGGAGGAGGCGAUCGUGAAGGCGCUAGGCAAGAUGUGUGGGCUGCUUCCGCUGCCGAGUGAGAAGAAGGCGGCGUGCGAAGCCGAGUUUGAGGCGCUCGCGCCACUGCUGAACAAGUCUGACGAGAGCGUGCUGGUCAAGUACACGCCGCGUUCGAUCUGCGCAUUUGCGCGCCUCUGCGCCGUGCCGUGCUGCGCCACACCGUAUACGCCCGAGCAGAUCCACAUCUCGCUCGGCGGCUCGGCCGGCGAGAUGCGGGUGACGUGGGUGACCCUCAUGGACAUGCCAGCGCCGAUGUGCAAGUGGGGCACGGUCCAGGGGGAGUACACCCAGUCCGCAGCGGCAGUCUCGGACACCUUUCCCAACGGCGGGUGGGUCGGCAUGAUCCACACAUGCGUCAUGACUGGACUCGCACCGGACGCGCGGUACUACUACACCGUCGGCGCUGACGCGCAUCCAUACUGGGAUCAUCCCAACUGGGCGCUGCCCAAGGAUCUCUCGUUUGUCAUGCCGCCUGCGCCGGGUGCGCUGCCGCCGAAUGCCACCACCGUGUUUGUGCAGGUGGCGGACAUGGGCGCGACCGACGCAUCGGACCGAACGCUAGCGCGGAUCUCGGCAAUGGCGCUCGACUCGGCGCUCGACUUUGUGCUCCACGCCGGCGACAUUGGCUACGCCGACGGCGCCACUGACCUUUGGGGCCAGUUCAAGCGAAAGAUCUCGAGCUUUGCGGCGUAUCUCCCGUACCAGACGCUGCGCGGGAACCACGAGGACUACUACGACGGCGUUCCGUUCUUCAAGCUCUUUCCGGUUCCGGCACCGACGCCCGGCGGCACCCGCUCGCCCGACACGGUCUACUACUCGUUUACCUACGGCCAUGUCCGUAUCAUCGCCCUCAACUCGGAGGAUGACUUUGGCCUCGCGCCGAGCCUCGCGCCCGGAGGCGCGCAGCACGUCUGGCUCGAAGCCGAACUCAAGGCCGCCGACACGCCGGCGGCGCGGGCCCUGCACCCAUGGGUCAUUGUCACCAUGCACCGACCCAUGUACUGCCCGGACCACUCGACCGACUGUGACACGUUUGCGCCGCUCUUCCGCGAGGCCAUCGAAGACUUGCUCGCCACUUACCACGUCGACUUGCACCUCUCGGGCCAUCGCCACUCGUACUCGCGGACCACGCCUGUUCUGCACUCUAAGAUCAUGCCGGCCGGCGCGGCUCCGACGUACAUUGUCUGCGGCGUCGGCGGAUCCAAGGAGGGCACCUCAGGCUAUCCUGCCUCGCCGCCGCCGUGGUCGGUCUUCGGUGCCAACGACUUUGGCUAUCUCCAUGUUGCCACCACCGCCUCGACGCUCACCACCAAGUACGUUGACGCCUCGACCGGCGGUGUCCUAGACUCGCUUGUUCUCACCCGUUGA